ACCUGUCAGUCAUCAGGUCUCUCUCUGCUCUAUAGAGUGUGUGAGGAGGAGCGAGGAAGAGGAGGAGGAUGGACGGCGGGAAAAACGCGCUGCAGCAGUCCGCGCGGCAGAGCAUCCUCUCGUGCAGCGAGCCGAACUGCACGGCGCGCACCGCGGACACCCUCGCGCUGUCAGCGGCAUCCGUGUGGAGCGGUAACGGCUCCGCGGUGGACGAGUACCGGCUCCUGGAGGCUGCUGCCUCGGCCGCCCCAACGGCGGCGAUGGUGCCCAAGGCCUCGUACCCCUUUCCCACUGUGGAUGUGCCUGACCACGCCCACUACACCAUCGGCUCUGUCAUCCUCGCCAUCGGCAUCACCGGCACGAUCGGGAACUUCCUGGUCUUAUAUGCCUUUUGCAAGAGUCGCAGCUUGAGGACGCCAGCCAACAUGUUCAUCAUUAACUUGGCAAUCACAGACCUGCUGAUGUGUGUAACACAGACACCAAUCUUCUUCAUCACCAGCAUGCACACGAGGUGGAUCUUUGGAGAGAAAGGUUGCGAGGUGUAUGCGUUCUGUGGCGCUCUCUUCGGGAUCUGCUCCAUGAUCACGCUGACAGUGAUCGCUGUGGACCGUUACUUUGUCAUCACACGACCUCUGACAUCCAUCGGCGUGUUGUCACGGAAACGGGCCCUAGUCAUCCUCACGGCGGCCUGGGCCUACUCUCUGGGCUGGAGCCUGCCACCGUUCUUCGGCUGGAGUGCCUAUGUCCCGGAGGGCCUGAUGACUUCCUGUACGUGGGACUACAUGACCUUUACCCCGUCGGUGCGAGCGUACACCAUGCUGCUCUUCAUCUUCGUCUUCUUCCUGCCGCUCUUCAUCAUCAUUUACUGCUACUUCUUCAUCUUCCGCGCCAUCCGCACCACCAACCAGGCUGUGGGGAAGAUGAACGGCAGCGUUCAUGGUCACGGCAGCACUCGUGACUCAGUGAAGAACUUCCACCGGCUGCAGAACGAGUGGAAAAUGGCGAAGAUCGCUCUGAUCGUCAUCCUGCUCUAUGUCAUCUCCUGGUCACCGUACUCCAGUGUUGCUCUCACUGCCUUCGCUGGGUAUGCGGACAUGUUGACUCCCUACAUGAACUCUGUGCCCGCCAUCAUUGCCAAAGCCUCGGCUAUCCACAACCCCAUCAUCUACGCCAUCACACACCCCAAAUACAGGUUAGCAUUAGCCAAGUACAUCCCAUGUCUCGGCAUCUUGCUCUGUGUCCGUCAACGUGACCUCCGCUCCGCCAGCAGCAGCUUUAUGUCGACGCGUCGCUCUACUGUGACCAGCCAGACCUCUGACAUCAGCAGCCAGUUCAGGCGGCAGAGCAACGGCAAGUCCCGUCUCUCCUCUGCCUCCGACAGCGAAUCGUGUUUGACAGACACUGAGGCUGAUCUGUCCAGCGUGGGUUCCAGACCAGCCAGCCGCCAGGUCUCCUGUGACAUCAGCAGAGACACCGCUGAGCUCCCUGACUUCAAACCCUCCUCCAGCUUCAAGUCCAAGAUGAAGAGCCACGACUCUGGCAUCUUCGAAAAGGUAAACUUCUUACCUUAUGAGUUUCCAGAAUGUUUUGUAGACUUGAGCUCCCACUGUCUGUCACCUCACAUUGUCUUUGGGAACAUGAAUGAGACACCUGAAAUAACUUAA